CGGCGGAGAGUUUUUAAACGACGGCGGAAACGGUCGCACUGAAAGUCCUGUACUUACAUACGCCUCUUUCUGGACAGGAAUGGCUCCGAAGAAGAAACAGCAGAAGCAGAGAUCUUCUUCUUCUUCUUCUUCUUCUUCUUCAUCAAAAAGCAAGUCGCAGUCUUCUUCCUCUGGUCCUAAGCUCCAAAUAUCGGCCGAGAACGAGACCCGCCUUCGCCGGUUGUUGCUCAACUCCGGCCGCCCCACGCCUUCUGCUUCGGCCGACGACACUCUCCCCAAGGCUCAGAAGGCCAAGAAACUUCGUUCCAUUUACGAAAAGCUCUCCUGUGAAGGCUUCUUGGAUGAUCAAAUCGAGCGUGCUCUCUCCGCUCUGAAGGAUGGUGCUACAUUUGAGGCUGCCCUUGACUGGUUAUGCUUCAACCUGCCAGGGAAUGAGCUUCCAUUGAAGUUUUCUAGUGGGACUUCUCGUCAUACUAAUGAAGGGGGUUCUGUCAGUGUCAUAUCAAAGGCUCGUGAAGGUUGGAGUCCUUCAUCAGAGCCAUCUGCUAAGAUUAAUGAAGGAACACCUGAAAUUUUUGUUAAAAUCAAGGGGCGGUCAGAUGAUGAUACUCUAGAGUUACACCAUCCAUCUCAAGCAGAUUGGAUUCGUCACUAUGUGGAGCAACAGGAAGAGGAUGAAUCUGAAAUGUGGAAGGAUAAUGCAGCCAGUGUGGGUUCUGAUGAGCAGGUCUUCAAACCAAGAACUUCUUAUGACUCUAUUGCUAAAGAAUACCACAUUGCGCGAUUGGAAGCUCUAGAUGCCAAAGAGAGAGGGGACAAGAAAAGCCAGGAACAGGCAGGCCACAAAAUCCGCAAACUUAAGCAAGAGAUAUCUGCUCUAGGACUGUCAGAUGACAUCUUGGCUGCUGGGUAUGAACAACUUUCCGGUUGUACAUCUGCUGAGGAUGCAUCAUGUGAUAAUAUGUUUCAUAAACAUAUUGAUGAAAGUACAUCAUCUGAUAUAGACAAUAGCUCAGCCUCUGUUGUGCGUGUGGUUGAAUCUUCGGUUGAUGAAAAUCUUAUGGGGAGCUGGAGCUCCAGGGAGUUUAACAUUGAAUGCAAUUCCUUGGGUGCUUCUGGUCAGGAGAGGAUUUCCUUAGAAGAAGAUUCUGGAGAUGUAGAGCUUGGUGAUUUCUUUGUUGAAAAUAAUCCAUCUAGUGAAAUUCUACUUCCUGACAUUUUGAAACAUCAAAAGAAGGAAAAGAUGAAAGAGUUCUCCAGUGGAAAGAAUCUAGAGAAAUUAGAUGGCAUCUGGAAGAAGGGGGACCUGCCAAAGAUUCCUAAAGCUGUUCUUCACCAAUUGUGUGUAAGAUCAGGUUGGGAAGCACCAAAAUUUAAUAAAGUUCUUGGAAAAGAGAAUGCUUUUUGCUAUGCUGUUAGUGUACUGCGUAAAGCUAGUGGGAGGGGCAAAAGCAGAAAAUCUGGUGGGCUUGUUACGCUUCAGCUUCCUGUUCAAGAUGAAAUUUCUGAAACAGCUGAGGAUGCUCAAAAUAGAGUUUCUGCAUUUGCUCUCUGUCACUUGUUCCCUGAUCUCCCUGUCCAGUUGCUUAUCACAGAGCCGUAUGCGUCGCUUGUUAUACAAUGGAAUGAAGGGGAACCAUCAACCAGCAUAGAAAACAGUGUGGAAAGCCGAAGGGCUGGUUUUGUGGACUCAUUGUUGAAUUCUGGCAAUCCUGAAUCAAUCACGUUAAGUGAUGGCAAUAUUUCUCUGCAUGAGCAGUCUGAAAAGCCUGAAGUUCUGAAAAUUGUCAAGACAAAUGCUGUUGGUGCUGAUUCAAGAUCUCAGAAAGUGAAUUAUAAUAAAGAAGUGCAGAGUUUGUUUCUGAGAGAGGAACAUGAGAAUAAGAAGAAAAUGCAGAAAUACAAGGAUAUGUUGAGGACUAGAGCUGCUCUUCCUAUUGCUGACUUGAGGGAUGAGAUAUUAGAUCUGCUGGGGCAAAAUAAUGUUCUUGUUAUAUGUGGGGAGACUGGUAGUGGUAAGACUACUCAGGUCCCACAAUUUAUACUUGAUGACAUGAUUGAAGCCAGACAGGGUGGACAUUGUAACAUUAUUUGCACACAACCCCGGAGAAUAGCGGCUAUUUCUGUGGCUGAGAGAGUUGCUCAUGAGCGCUGUGAACCCUCACCUGGUUUGGAUGGUUCUCUCGUUGGUUAUCAAGUUCGUCUUGAUAGUGCCAGGAAUGAGAAAACGAAGCUUCUAUUCUGCACAACAGGCAUUCUUCUGAGGAAAAUUGCAGCUGACAACAACUUUCCUGGUGUUACUCAUGUCAUAGUUGAUGAAGUGCAUGAGCGGUCUCUCUUGGGUGAUUUUCUGCUUAUUGUUUUGAAGAAUUUGGUUGAGAAACAAUCUGCUGAUGGCACUCAGAAGUUGAAAGUUAUCCUUAUGUCUGCAACAGUUGAUUCAAACUUAUUUUCAAGAUAUUUUGGUCAUUGCCCAGUUGUUACUGCUCAAGGCCGAACACAUCCUGUUACAACAAACUUCCUGGAGGAUGUAUAUCAAAGCCUCAACUACCAUCUUGCUUCAGAUUCUCUAGCAUCUAUACAAAAUACGUCAUUCAUGAAAGCAAAGCUUCCAAAAGGUCCUGUGAACCAGCAGAGGGGGAAGAAAAAUCUCAUCUUAUCUGCUUGGGGUGACGAAUCUCUGCUCUCUGACGAUUAUAUUAAUCCAUACUAUGUUCCUGAGAAUUAUCAAUCAUUCAGUGAGCAGACUCGUCUUAAUUUGAAAAGGUUGAAUGAAGAUGUGAUUGAUUAUGAUCUUCUUGAAGACUUGGUUUGCCAUAUUGAUGAAACUUAUGCUGAAGGUGCCAUACUCAUAUUUUUGCCUGGAGUCUCAGAAAUUUAUGUGUUGCUUGAUAGACUGACUGCUAUAUAUCAAUUUGGUGGGGCAUCUUCUGAUUGGAUUCUUCCUUUACAUUCAUCCAUUGCUGCUGCAGAUCAGAAAAAAGUGUUUCUACGGCCCCCUCAUGACAUACGAAAGGUUAUAAUUGCAACUAAUAUUGCAGAGACUAGCAUAACAAUUGAUGAUGUGGUAUAUGUAAUUGAUUGUGGAAAGCAUAAGGAAAAUCGUUAUAAUCCACAGAAGAAAUUGUCAAGUAUGGUUGAAGAUUGGAUAUCUCAAGCAAAUGCCAAGCAGCGGCGAGGAAGAGCUGGACGUGUAAAACCUGGAAUCUGCUUUUGCUUGUACACACGUCAUAGAUUUGAAAAACUCAUGCGUCCAUUUCAGGUGCCGGAGAUGUUGCGAAUGCCUCUAACAGAAUUAUGUUUACAGAUUAAAUUGCUUUCCCUUGGCAAAAUAAAGCAAUUUUUGUCAAAGGCAUUAGAACCUCCAAGGGAAGAUGCUAUGACGUCAGCAAUUUCAUUGUUAUAUGAGGUUGGUGCUAUUGAAGGGGAUGAAGAGUUGACACCACUUGGGCAUCAUCUGGCGAAACUUCCUGUUGAUGUAUUAAUUGGAAAGAUGAUGCUAUUCGGUGGAAUAUUUGGUUGCUUAUCCCCCAUUCUAUCAAUUUCAGCUUUUUUGAGCUAUAAAUCACCAUUUGUUUAUCCAAAAGAUGAGAAGCAAAAUGUUGAAAAAGCAAAGGUUGAUUUAUUAAAUGAUAACCAACAUGGUACAAGUCAUUCAGACAUUCUUGACAAGCAAUCUGAUCACUUAGUAAUGAUGAAUGCAUACAAUAAAUGGGAGAAGAUAUUGCACAAGAAAGGUGUUAAAGCUGCACAGCAUUUCUGCAAUUCAUAUUUUUUAAGUGGCCCAGUUAUGUACAUGAUAAGAGACAUGAGAAUACAAUUUGGUAUGCUGCUCGCAGACAUUGGAGUCAUCAAUCUUCCAAAGAAUAAUCAGAUUGAGGAGAAGAAAAGGAAAGAGACUCUUGACUCUUGGUUUUCAGAUAAAUCGCAACCAUUCAAUUUGUAUUCGGAUCAUUCUUCAAUUGUUAAGGCAAUAUUAUGUGCCGGCUUAUAUCCCAAUCUGGCAGCUACUGAAGAGGGAAUUACUGGAGCAGCUCUUGGUGGCCUCAAACAAUCUGCUUCUCCUGCAACAAAGGGUUGCCCAGCAUGGUAUGAUGGAAGAAGAGAAGUUCAUAUACAUCCUUCUUCUAUCAAUAGUAACUUAAAAUCCUUUCGAUACCCAUUUCUUGCCUUCCUUGAAAAGGUUGAAACUAACAAAGUAUUUCUGCGUGAUACGACAAUCAUCUCUACCUACUCAAUUUUGCUGUUUGGUGCCUCCAUUAAUAUUCAGCAUCAGACUGGACUGGUCACCAUAGAUGGGUGGUUAAAACUGGCAGCACCAGCCCAGACAGCUGUCCUGUUCAAAGAACUCCGAUCAACUCUUCAUUCUGUUCUGCAAGAUCUGAUUAGAAAGCCACAGAUGGAAACUGUUGUUAAUAAUGAAGUCAUCAGAUCCAUAAUUUAUUUAUUGUUAGAAGAAGACAAACACAUGAAGUAAUUUGCAGUAUGCUAUGAAGAAAUACCUCUUCAGUUCAUUACUGCGGUUCACAGCGCCACCCACAGUAUUGUGCCCCGGUAGCUUCACCAAGGUUGCUCAGGACUUCUUCAGCUGUGUCCCCUACUGCAAUUCUUAUCUGCUAAACUAAAGAGUUCCUUUCCUACCAUUUGGCAAGUAUUCUCUGUAGUAGAGUGUAUUAUUCUCCAAGUUUGCCACUUCACUAACUGUUCAGGGAGCACUAAUCGGUCCCCAGUUCUUCCAAGCUUCUGGUGGAGAUGAGGAUUUGAAGCUCAAGAAUGUGACUGUCCAUUUACUUAUCAUGUGGCCCUGGCAACCCCUUUCAAAAUAAAAUUAUUAUUUUGAAAUUUUUGAGAAAUUGACUUCUCUAAUUAAAACAUUUGUUGCCAUCUCAUCUUUUAUUUUUCCUGAGAAAACUCUUUGAAAAUGACUCAUUUGCAUAUUGGUGUUCCAAUUUACUGUAGCAAAAGGCAUUAAGCCUCUACCAAGCAAGGUAUUUUGUCUACUUUGGCCGCA